AAACGAGAGCAUUUGGACGCAGACGGUAGCAAGGAAAGCCACCGUACGCGAAAAGCAAUAGAAUUCAGAGAGAGAGAGAGAGUCUCUUCUUCUGUCUCUGCGAUUUGAUUAUUUCAAUCUUCAAUAUCUGUAUAUCGGCAAAGUUCAAAUUUCUAAUCUUUCGCGUAUUGGGUUCUUCUUGUUUCUAUCUUCGUUUCCGAUCGAUCCAAUUCUCAUCCCAUGGCUACGAUCGGACACAACAACCUCAAUGCUAAAUUGGUGGGCCCAUCCACUCCUUUUCGAUUUCCUCUGUUUCUUUCUCAAAAUUUUGUUUCCGAUGAUUUAUUCCUCUCUUCCUUUCCUCAGGUUCUUCUCGGGGACAUGGGUGCUGGGAAAUCCAGCCUCGUUUUGCGCUUUGUGAAGGGUCAAUUUCUUGAAUUUCAGGAAUCAACAAUAGGGGCAGCAUUCUUUUCGCAGACACUGGCAGUAAAUGAUGCAACGGUGAAGUUUGAGAUUUGGGACACGGCAGGACAAGAGAGGUACCAUAGCUUAGCUCCCAUGUAUUACAGAGGCGCUGCUGCUGCUAUCAUUGUCUAUGACAUCACUAGCUUGGACUCCUUUACUCGAGCUAAGAAGUGGGUCCAAGAGCUUCAAAAACAAGGAAAUCCUAAUAUGGUCAUGGCUCUUGCUGGUAACAAAGCUGAUUUGGAAGAUAAGAGGAAAGUGACAGCUGAAGAAGCACGUGUAUACGCCGAAGAAAAUGGUUUGUUUUUCAUGGAGACCUCUGCCAAAACUGCAUCCAACGUUAAUGAUAUAUUCUAUGAAAUAGCGAAGAGGUUACCAAGGGCCCAGCCAGCUCAGAACCCAACAGGGAUGGUUCUUGUUGAUAGACCCGCAGAAGGAACUAGGGCUGCAUCAUGUUGUUCAUAGAUGUUUGAGCUGUAUUUGCAUCCCCCAACCCUUUUUAAUUAAUCAUGUUUUCUGUGGUUUGUACGUACUACACACUUUUAUGUCACUCUUAUGUGGAGCUCCGACAAGUGUACGGGCCGCAAUUACAAAACAACUUCAUGCUGCAAAA